UUCCCUCUUCCCAUGCAUCUCUGAUCUCGUAUUAAUUUGUUCCUACUUCAUAUUAGUUGUUUCCUUUUUAGUUAAGAGAUGGCACUAACUGGUAAGCUUAGCACUGAAAUAGCAAUCCACUCACCUGCUUCAAAGUUCUUCGACCUCGUGACAAAGAAAAUGCACCAUGUUCAAAACAUUUGUGAAAGAGUGCAUGCUGGCAAGCUGCAUGAAGGUGAUGACUGGCACAGCGUCGGUGGUUCGGUCAAACACUGGACUUAUGUCAUAGACGGUAAAGUAACUACAUCCAAAGAGACUAUUGAAAGCAUUGAUGAGAAGAACAAAAUAGUCAUAUUCAAACUCUUUGAUGGAGAUAUCGAUCAACGCUACAAGGCCUUUAAGGUUAUUUUUCAAGUGAUUGAGAACAAUAAUAAUGGAAGUGGUUCGGCUAAAUGGAUCGUUGAAUAUGAGAAGGUCAAUGAUGAUGUUGAAGCUCCAUAUGGCUACAUGGAAUACUUUGACAAAUUUACUAAAGACAUCGAUGCUCAUCUUCUCGAGGCAUAAGCUACAACAAUUAAUAAUAAUAACAAUAAAAAAGUUGUUUGGGCAUAAAGUUAAUAAAGUGUGUGCUUAUCUUAUUAAUAUAAUCUGGGUUGUGAACUUGUCGCGAAGAAUAAUAUAAAUGAUUUGCAUUGUCUGUUA